AUGCCAAGAAAGGCCACAUUACUGAACUCACUGUCUAGGGGUCGAAUUCGUACCUCCUAUAACAAAUAUAACUUCUUCAAUCUCUACAAGAAGAGUAAAGUGGACUUCAAAUCUAAAACGUUAUUUCAACAGAAAUGGACUGCCAAACAAGAAACAAGAGCGUACCACGGAGAACAUAUUACUGAAGGCCGCUGGCAACAGUUUUUUGAUCCAAAAUUGGCUUCUGUGGCACAAUUGGAUGCAUCAUUGAGGAGAUCUGCCUCGAGCAAACCCUUAAGUCCAACACCGUUCCUUUUACAGACCUAUGCUGUCCUUGAGAAAAGACUGGAUUUUGCAUUAUUUAGAGCUAUGUUUGCAUCCUCUGUAAGGCAGGCCAGACAGUUCAUUUUACAUGGAUAUGUUAAAGUUAACGGUGUUGUUAUUAAACAUCCAGGGAUGACUUUGAAGCCCGGAGAUUUAUUUAGUGUUAAACCUGCUAAAGUGCUACAAGCUAUGGGUGCGAAGAAACUGAGCUUAUUGGAGGCCUUGAAAGUGGAUAAGAAACAAGUGGUAUUAUGGAAUAAAUAUGUAAAGGAGGCCAAAGAAAAUUCAAGGGAAGUAUGGAAUAAGAAGAUGGAAAAGUUUAAAGACCUCGAUGAAAAUGAUCCUAAGAAGAUUAAAUUUAUGGAGUUUUUGAAAAUGUAUAAUAAGAGUUUAGAAAGUGCUCAAUACAAUGAUUUGAAAAAUUGUUCACCUGAAUAUUUCUUGAAUGGAAUAAUCUCUAUUAUUGCCAAAGAGGGUAGCAACACAUUAUCUGCCAAAAAUUUUGAAAGCAUAGUGGAGAAGGACAUAAAGUUAUCCCAAGAAGUAUUUAAAUGCUAUCAAGACUUAUUGAAAUUGGAUGAGCUAGCCUAUGAGCAAUUGAAGGAAAAGAAACCUGCUGAAUUGAAAGAACUCGCUCAUAAGUUAAUGUCACCUUCAAAAAAUAAUAAAGAAGCAUUGAGUGAGAGUUCUAAAAAAUCUAUAAGGACAGCUUUGCAUCAAUUAUCUACGCUAACGAAACAAUAUGAAACGGCCAUUAUCGAACAUUACAAGACUAUAAAGGCAAGCGAAAAUACAUCAACAAUCCCGUUUGAUCCUCAAUGGGCUCAAAGAUUACAAUAUCAUGAUGCUAUAAAGAUUGAAGAAUUACAAGAGGAUGAGAAGAAAGCACAACAGGCGAUAAAUUUACCAUGGCAAAGGCACGUGUUUGGACGCCAGGAACCAUCCAAACCAUAUUUUACGCCAUGGAAACCAAGACCUUUCUUGGCACCUUUAGCUAUAUUGCCUCAUCAUUUAGAAAUUUCAUUCAAGACAUGUAAUGCUGUCUACUUGAGAGAUCCAGUGGCACGUCCUGGUCAUUCUGAAGUGAUUUCUCCAUUUGAUAUCCCUAUUCAUGAAAGAGCUUAUAUGUAUUAUAUCAGGAAGGGAAAAUAA